ACUCUCCAUUUUAAGAAGCUCCUUUUUCUCUUUUAUUUUCCAUCCUUUUUCCCCUUAAAUCAUUUUGAAUUUCGAUCUUCGAAAAGACUUCUUCACAAUACAAGCUUUAUUUUAAUUCCCAAAGAUCCGUGAUAAAAGAGGUAAAGAUGGUGUCUUUGCAAGGACCGGUGAUUUGCCCUGCCGUUCGAAGCAAGCAAGUUGGUGUUUAUACGCUGCCGUUUAACGGGCCUUUUCCCAGGGCGAGAUUGCAUCGAAGUGAUAUAUGGGGAUUCAGAGGGAUAAUUGAUGGAAAGUGUAAGCCACGUGACGUUUCCGGUCACCUGAAGCUGCGGAAGUGCAACACCAGGGUGCAGUGUAUUUUCAGGUCAUCCUCAGAUGGGAAUGGAAGCAUGGCCGAGAAUUUCAAUGAAAACGAUGAAGAUUAUGUUAAUUCCAGUGUGGUUGAAGCUGUUGAGGUGAUGAGUGGAGCUGAUGGAUUUAUGGUCAAAAUGAGGGAUGGUAGGAAUUUGAGGUGUGUCCAUAACAAUCCUCAAGGAGGCCAGCUGCCGGAUUAUGCACCGCAUCCUGCCAUCGUUCUGAAGAUGGAAGACAGGACUGGUCUUCUUCUCCCAAUCAUUGUUUUGGAGAUGCCAAGUGCACUGCUUAUGGCAGCAGUGCGUAAUGUUCGAAUCGCUAGACCAUCUAUGUAUGAAGUGGUGAAGAACAUGAUUGACAAGAUGGGCUACACGGUAAAACUUGUCAGAGUUACUAAAAGGGUGCAUGAGGCCUAUUUUGCUCAGCUGUAUCUUACCAAGGUGGGUGAUGAGACAGAGUCCGUCACUUUCGACCUUCGGCCUUCUGAUGCCAUCAACAUUGCUGUGAGAUGCAAGGUACCUAUACAAGUGAACAAGUACUUGGCAUACAGUGAUGGUAUGCGCAUAAUUGAAUCAAUGAAGCUGUCAACUCAGUCCCCGGGUUCAGAUGGCUUAUUAUUCACGGAGCUGGACCGGCCAAGUGGUCAGCAUUGUCUCGACACGGAGGAGUUCAACAUUGUCUGCAACUUAAACAAGGCUGUCAUUCAGGAGCGCUACAAGGAUGCCGUACUCCCUGACAGCCGACUUGAGAGACAAACUUGGCAAGUUUCGUGCUCAAAGGAACUCGAGGAAAAUAUAAAUACCAGCCGUUGUAUCGGCAACUUCAAAUGUAAAUAGGAAUUACUGCUGGAAGCUGAUAAACUUGGUGGUGGCGACAUACAGCAGCAAAGUAAUCAGUUCAGUUAUCUUCUACUAUAUAUGAAUGUAAUGUCUGUGAAUAUGUAUAUGUAAAUAUGCAUAAGAAAAUGGGAAUGUAAUAUGUUUUAAUUAAGAAUAUUGAUUUAUGCUUUAUCAAUUUAUCAUGUCUCACGA